GGGUUUCUGUAGUUGUGGUUCGUGCAUAUCUGCGUCCAUGUGUUAACUUGAGUUUUGCAACAAAUAGCUAGUGAGUUAUUACCGUUGUCAUACAGUAAAUAUCCAUAAUCAUCAAAUACAGCUAUAUUUUAAGUUGUCAACUUGGGAAAGUGCGCCGCAGAUAAGGACUGAGAAGUGCCCUAUGCUGAUCAUCACUGCUCGGCUACUCCCCCUCUUAACUGUACCCUUCACCCACCAGAGGAUUCUAAGGACAGUUGGCAGUGUUGCCUACAGGGGACUGAGAACCAUGGAGCCCCUCAGGGCCCCUCAGGAUCCACAAGUUAACACAACCCUGUCCGGGGUAGACACCAAGCCUCAGCCCCCUACUUCUGGAGCCCCAAUGGAGGGCUUGAACCCAAGUCCAGCUGCCUCAACACCUGACCAGGAGAUGCCCCCGACAACGGGGUUGUUGCCAGGGGAGACAGUUGUCAGGGAGGGCAAGGCAGCCAUAUUGUUUCCCAGUGCCAACGAGGUGUUUUACAACCCUGUGCAGGAGUUCAACAGAGAUCUGACGUGUGCGGUGGUUACAGAGUUUGCCCGGGAGCAGAUGGCCCGGAGGGGGGUGAAGGUGGUAGUGCCAGGGGAGAAGGAGAGGGUGGUGGUCAAUCUAGCUGACGAGAAGAAAGAGGAGACAGAGAUGCAGACAGGGGAGGAAGGAGGAGAGGAGCCAGUCGUAACUGCUUCAGUGGGGGAGCGCUGUAAGAAUGGUCUGCGUGUGUUGGAGGGUCUGGCAGCGUCUGGCCUACGCUCUGUGAGGUUUGCUCUGGAGGUGCCUGGUCUACGUAGCGUCACGGCUAACGACUUCUCAUCCAAGGCUGCUGCCCUCAUCGCCCGCAAUGCCCAGCACAACGGAGUCACACACCUACUGCAGGCCAGCCAGAGAGAUGCCAGCAUGUUAAUCCCUCCCUGUCUCGUUCCUCCAGCAUGUUAAUCCCUCCCUGUCUCGUUCCUCCAGCAUGUUAAUCCCUCCCCGUCUCGUUCCUCCAGCAUGUUAAUCCCUCCCCGUCUCGUUCCUCCAGCAUGUUAAUCCCUCCCCGUCUCGUUCCUCCAGCAUGUUAAUCCCUCCCCGUCUCGUUCCUCCAGCAUGUUAAUCCCUCCCCGUCUCGUUCCUCCAUGUUAAUCCCUCCCCGUCUCGUUCCUCCAGCAUGUUAAUCCCUCCCCGUCUCGUUCCUCCAGCAUGUUAAUCCCUCCCCGUCUCGUUCCUCCAGCAUGUUAAUCCCUCCCCGUCUCGUUCCUCCAGCAUGUUAAUCCCUCCCCGUCUCGUUCCUCCAGCAUGUUAAUCCCUCCCCGUCUCGUUCCUCCAGCAUGUUAAUCCCUCCCCGUCUCGUUCCUCCAUGUUAAUCCCUCCCCGUCUCGUUCUUCCAUCAUGUUAAUCCCUCUCCGUCUCGUUCCUCCAGCAUGUUAAUCCCUCCCUGUCUUGUUCCUCCAGCAUGCUGAUGUAUGAGAUGCGGGGGAAGAAGGACCGCUAUGAUGUCAUAGACCUGGACCCCUACGGAAGCCCCGCCCCCUUCCUGGAUGCCGCCGUCCAGGCUGUCGGUGAAGGAGGUCUGUUGUGUGUGACAUGUACUGACAUGGCUGUGAUGGCUGGUAACAGUGGGGAGACCUGCUACAGCAAAUACGGCUCUGUCUCCAUCAAAGCCAAGUACUGUCAUGAGAUGGCUCUGCGUAUCAUCCUACACAGUCUGGACCAGAGAGCUGGUGUGUACCAGCGGUACAUCCACCCCCUGCUCUGUGUCAGUGUGGACUUCUACAUACGAGUGUUUGUCAGGGUACACACUGGACAGGCCAUGGUCAAAAACUCAGCAAGUAAACAAGCGUUGGUGUAUAACUGUGUUGGCUGUGGCUCGUUCCACUUACAACGACUGGGCAAGAGGACGACUCAGGGAAACCAUAUAAAGUACUCUGCAGCCACUGGACCGCCGGUCGGAGCAGAGUGUGAACACUGUGGACACAGACACCAGCUGGGUGGUCCUAUCUGGGGUGAGGCCCUCCAUGACGUGAGCUUCGUUCAGAAGGUUCUAUCUGCCGUGUCUGGGAACCCGUCCCGCUUUGGAACCGCCCGUCGCAUAGAGGGCAUGCUCAGCAUGGUCACAGAGGAGCUGGAGGAUGUGCCUCUAUACUACACAGUGGACAACCUGAGCAGCACUGUACACUGCAGCACUCCCCCUCUGCUCCAAUUCAGGUCGGCUCUGCUUCAUGCAGGCCACAGGGUGUCCUUGUCUCAUGCCUGUAAGAAUGCUCUAAAGACGGACGCUCCUCCCAGGGUCCUCUGGGACGUCAUGCGAUGCUGGGAAAAGUCCAAUCCAGUGAAGAGAGACAGACUGUCAGAGAGCAGCCCUGCUCACCACAUCCUCAAUACUGAACCCAUUCUACAGGCGUGUUUUGAUGUGAGGGAGGAUGCCAAUCCCCAGUCUCGCCGUCGCCACCUCACCCGCUUCCAGGAGAACCCUGAGCCUUUCUGGGGGCCCAAGGCCCGCGCCAAUGCUGGUGGUGGUAUCUCAUCAGACCUGGAGGACAGGAGGAAACAGGGUCAAAACAAGAGGAAGAACCAGAUCACAGACGCCACCCAGCUUAAGAGCUUCCCCUGCAAGAGGUUCAGGAAGGGUAAAUGCACACACGGUGAAAAAUGCUGUUACUCCCAUGACCUGGAACAGACUGACCAGAUGGAGUGAUGGUGGAGCGAGUCUCCUCUUUUCUUCCCUCCCACUUGGUAUCCUCAUGUCCAGCUCAGCAGAAUCUGUCCACUAAGGUAUACUGGACACAAUCAUGACGAAGCAACCAGGUGAAACUCCAGGCCCCAGACAUAACUAACUUUGAACUCCGGGGUGAAGUUUCCGCCUUGGUACAAAUCUAGGACCAGCUUCCCCUCCCCCAAUCCUCUACAUUACCAUUAGUGGGGAGAAUGCUAAACUGACCCAGUGUCAGCAUCUAUGGGCAACUUCAUUAUGGGAUGUCUAGUUAGCCCUGUAUUGGAAAUACACAUACUGGCUUCAUACUGAAGUGAAGCAUCAAUUCUGUUUUAUUUAUGACUGUUGUGACAGUCUAAUAAAAGUCUUUAUGACAA